AUGAGCGAGCGAGCGAGGCCCCGCGCAGCCGCCCAGAGUCACCAGAUGGAAUCGCCUUGCGGGAGCAGGGAGCACACGCACGCCCGCCGCGCCAGUCCACCCAGCUGGAGAUCUGGCCUGUGGGUGCGAGCCUGUCGGUUCCGCUCCGGCUCUGGGUGCGAGCCCGUCUGUUCCGCUCCGGCUCUGGGUGCGAGCCCGUCUGUUCCGCUCCGGCUCUGGGUGCGAGCCCGUCGGUUCCGCCCCGGCUCAGACCACACGCGUGCACUGGGACGGCAUGCUUGGGGUGUGUUGGGUGUGGGUCCUGCAGCAGAGCUGGUGGCUUAUACAGGGCCGGAGGCCAGUGCUUCCCGCUUACCUGGUGGCGCGGGAAAGCAGCUGCACACCUCUGGGGAGCCUGUGACACGGGAGCCGGGCGGGAUGAGACUCAGCGCCGUGGCGUGCGGCGUGCAGCGCUGGCCCCCGCCGCUCCCGCUGCAGUCCCUGCUCUCAGGCUACCAGUGCCGCUGCGGGGAUGAGCACACUUCCUAUGGAGAGACGGGAGCCCCAGUCCCUCCGUUCGGAUGCACCUUCUCUUCUGCGCCCGGCGCCGAGCGCGUCCUCGCGGUGGCCAACGAGGAGGGCUUCGUCCGGCUGUACGACACGGAAGCGCGGGCGGCCCGGCAGGCGUGCACGAAGGAGUGGAUGGCUCACUGGAACGCUGUCUUUGAUCUCGCCUGGGUCCCCGGCGAACUUAAACUUGUGACGGCAGCAGGGGACCAGACGGCCAGGCUCUGGGAUGUGAGUGCCGGCGAGCUGAUGGGGACGUGCAAAGGGCACCAGUGCAGCCUCAAGUCUGUCGCCUUCUCCAAGUUUGAGAAAGCUGUGUUCUGUACAGGCGGAAGAGACGGCAACAUUAUGGUCUGGGACACCAGGUGCAACAAGAAAGACGGAUUUUACAGACAAGUGAACCAGAUCAGUGGAGCGCACAAUACUGUAGACAAGCAAACGCCUUCAAAGCCCAAGAAGAAACAGAAUUCAAAAGGGCUCGCUCCUUCUGUGGAUUCCCAGCAGAGCGUUACCGUGGUCCUCUUUCAAGAUGAGAAUACGCUGGUCUCGGCGGGAGCUGUGGACGGGGUCAUCAAAGUCUGGGACUUGCGGAAGAAUUACACGGCCUGUCGACAAGAGCCCAUAGCGGCCAAGCUCUUCCCAUACCCGGGCAGCAGCACCCGGAAGCUGGGGUACUCCAGUCUGGUGUUGGACUCCACCGGCUCCACUCUGUUUGCUAACUGCACAGAUGACAGCGUCUACAUGUUCAAUAUGACCGGGCUGAAGGUUUCUCCGUUGGCCGUCUUCAGCGGACAUCAGAACUCGACCUUCUACAUCAAAUCCAGUCUUAGUCCCGACGACCAGUUUUUAGUCAGCGGCUCGAGCGAUGAAGCCGCCUACAUCUGGCAGGUGUCCGCCCCCUGGCAGCCUCCCACCGUGCUGCAGGGCCACUCCCAGGAGGUCACCUCUGUGUGCUGGUGCCCGUCAGACUUCACAAAGAUCGCCACCUGCUCUGAUGACAACACACUGAAAAUCUGGCGCCUGAACAGGGGCUCUGAGGAGAGGUCAGCGGAUAAACUCUCCCUCGUGGGUUGGGCCUCUCAGAAGAAGAGAGAGGUGAAAUCUGACCCGGUGGCAGUGACUAGCAGCCAAGGCACCCCCGCCAAAGCCCCCCGAGUGAAGAGCGGCCCCUCCGUCUCCUCCCCGUCCUCGGCAGCCUGUGCCCCGAGCCGUGCCGGAGACCUCCCCCUGCCCUCCAGCACCCCGACCUUCUCCCUGAAGACGCCGCCCGCCAGGCCUCGCUCCCCCGGCCGCAGGAGGGGCUCCAGCUCCUCCGUCUCGCCCAAGCCGGCGUCCUCUUUCAAGAUGUCCCUCCGAAACUGGGUGACCCAGACACCGUCUCCGUCACCGCCCGUCACCCCACCUGCUUCGGAGACCCAGCUGACGUCCCCUAGGAAGGCCCUGAUCCCCGUGAGCCUCGAGCCCCCGCAGACGGCGGCCUGCCCUGAGUCCCGGAGCAGAGUCAAGCGGCGGCUGGACCCCGGCCGCCUGGACGGCGGGAAGCAGAAGUGCCUGAAGAGCUGCAGCUGCGUGACCGAGCUGGACGGGCCGCUGGACAAGCCGCGCCUGGGUCUGUGCUGCCUCGCCGGCCCCCGGGACUCGGAGCCGAGCGCGGCCGAGGGCGUCUCCGAGCCCCCCUCUCCUGCCGAGGCCUGCGCCGCACUCCCUCUCCCCUCCGGCUCUUGUGGAGAAGGGACGGACGCAGGGGGCAAAGAGAACAGCUCCCCGGAGAGUAAGAACUGGCUCCUGGCCAUGGCCGCCAAGCGCAGGGCCGAGGCCGCCUCUCCGCGGAGCCCCUCAGAGCAGACGCCCCGACGGCAGAGCACGAAGCCUUCUCCAGGCCCGGUCACCGGCACUCCCAGCUCCAUGAGGAAGAUCUGUACGUACUUCCACAGGAAGCCCCAGGAUGGCCUCUGCGGCCCUGAGCACUCAACGGAGUUAUAGGCUCUCGCCCGACUCUGUCCUGAAGACGAGCCAGAGGCACAGCUGGGUGACUCCAGAUGCCCAUCUUUAGGAAAGCUGCCCCGACCCCGAGAAUCCUCUGAGCUCUGAGUGCGCCUUGCCUGGUUCUCCUUGAGGUGGACACUUGGGGCUUCCCUCGCUUUUGGGGUAAUGGCACCCCACUCACAGGGUUAAGAGCCAGGCUUGUCCUCCCAGAACAAAUUCAUUUGGUUUGAAAUAGAAUCUCAGCACUACAUUUAAGUACGUGUGAAAAUGCGAUGUUCAGAUAGCACGUUUAUAUUAGCUCAGUAUUAAAUAUGAUCUCUUAUUUCCAUCUGUACUUUAAAACCAGUGGUAAACGUCAGUUUCCUGUGGAAAUGAGAAAGCGUUUCCUCUUUCCCCCCAAGACUGACCUCCCAGGUGAGGCGAGGUGAGGUGAGGUGAGGCUUCCCUGCGUUGCUGCUCACCGAGGGAGGAAGGGGGUGUCGGACCCACAGUCGCCCGUGCGCUGGCUCUCAGACUCGCUCCUCAGUUCUCUGGGGACUGCAGCUUUUACAAAAAUUUAUUAGGGAAAUUGGUUCCUUGCUGAUAUUUUUAUAAAAGAAAUCCAGGAUGUGAGAAAUGUUGACUGUGUCGGCUUUUUUCCCCCUUCUUCCUGUACGUGAAGAGUGGUGGGUGGCACUCAGAAUGCCGCGUUUCGCACCAGGUACUAACCGUGUAAAGACGGCUGGACGUUAGUAAAGUGCAAAUGCCUGGAGAGCCUCCCGUGGCGGCCACCACCCCCACAGACACUACCUCACCGACGGAGCCUCCCGCAGAGCUCGGUGCUUUCUGCAGACAGAGACUUGUUUGUAUCCACGCUCUGAAGGACUGUGUAGGCUAUUCCGGUUUUUAUCUUCAUUUUAAAAUCUCAGCAAUGUUUUUUACUUGUUUGAUCCCUAGUGACUUGGCCUUCAGAUGACCUGGGUUAACUCGGCUUCUCCCUGCUUUUUAUCAAGGACAAACAGAUCCAGGGGCACCGUCCGGGGCUGUUUUCAACCCGGCACACUGUAGCACUGACUGGACGCUGAGGGGUUCUACUUAGAGCUGGCGUCUGAUGUUUGAGUGGUGAGCUGUGGCGGGGCGGCAUGUAUCUGGCCGGGGGAGAGCCUGUCGGGCUGAGCGUAACUGGCCCACGGGAAAAGUAGCACUUGGAAGGGGAGCCCGAGGUCCAGUGUGAUGGGUGAUAACCACCCUCCCUGUGUCCAAAUAAUAAAGCCUUUGCCUCACUUGA